AUGUGGCUUAAUAGUUUUAAACUUCUGUCCCAAUAUCAAACUAAAUUUAAAUUAGAACUAGAUAAUCAUGUUUUAUUCUGUGGUCCUCCUGGUUCGGGAAAAAGUUUUAUUAUUGAUAAAUUUUGCGAAAAUGAGGCUUCGUAUUUUGUCAAAGCGAAUUUUGAAUCCCAAAUUUACGUUGGUUCUAAUAUUGAAAAGCAGCAAAAAGUUUACCAAGGUGCCAAAAAAUUAGCAACAUUUAACGCCCAACGAGGAGAAACUAAACCGGUGGUUAUUGUCAUUGAAGAAAUUGACGCAGUAGGAGUUAAAGUCCUUUCGGACCAUGAUACUUCCAGCAAAAGUGGAGUAGACGCUUUGUUAAAAAUGUUUGAUAAUAUACAUGAAGAAAAUUUAAACAUUAUCGUAGUGGCUACUACUAAUAAUCCGGAAGUGCUAAAUGAUGCCUUAGUUCGUCCGGGUCGGCUGGGUCGUCGUAUUCAGGUUAAUUAUCCUACUGAUGAAGAACUAAAAAAAUUGGCCGAUUAUCUACAAAAAGUUAUGGAAAAAGGUUGA